AUGAAAGCCACUCCCCCUGCUCAAAGGGAUAAUAUCCUUUCUCUUUCCUAUUCUGGCCUCUCUGCUUGUCAAAUUUCCUCUAGAACUGGAGACAUCAUUGAUGAAUUGCUGGUAUUGGAUAAGGAAAGCAAAGAUGACAAGGAACAAGAGGAAGCACACAGAUGGCAUAAGUCUUUGAAGCAGAAAAAAGUAGUUGGGGAUACUGAUGAUGAUGAUGAUGAUAAUGAUGAUGAUGACAAUGGCAGGGUUGAUGUUCAGGUUGCUGAAGAUAAAGAUGAAGAGGCAGAUGGUAAUGUUCCACAUGACUCAGAUCAUGUCAAGGAAGAUGAAGACCAUAUGGACAUGAACCAGACAGAGCAGGUGCCAGAGCCUGCAAAGUCCAAGUCUAAACCCCAACCCAAACCUGUCACCCACAAAAAAAACAUAUGUUGGCCUGUGGAUGAUCCAAAAGACUUGUUCAAUACAAAUGCUAAAGAUAUCAUUGAUGCACACAUGUCCAACAUACCUCCAUCCAUCAAGCCUAUCGAGAUGUCCCAUCCAAAGUUGACUGUAGAUGUGGAUGUGGAGCUACCAGAUGCCAUCAAUCAGAUCAAUCUUGGUGCAGCCAGUCCACUUACCAGUCCUCUCAAUGAUAGGCCAUCAAAGGACAACACUCAAUUUCCAGAGAACAAUAUGCAGCUUGUUAUAGAUUGGGAGCUCACUGCUGAAUUCAAGGCCUAUGAAGGAAAGCAACACAGUUUGCAUGCUAAACAAGUGUUGGUUCCCCAUGCUGCUCUCCAAGCCAAAGUCUUGUCAUGGUCAUGGUAG